GGUUGCUGGGGCAGCCCGCGGGGGCGGUGUCACUUAGCCGCUCCAGCUGAGCCGGGUGGCAACCAGCCUCCGUCGCCCCCGCGUCUGUGUGGCUUGCUGCGUCCCCCGGUGCCUGUUGACCCCAUUUCCCUGUCCCCGGCGGGCGCCGCACACCGACAUCUCCACGCCCAUGGCCGCUAACCGGAGGGAGUCGUCCCCGUUCGGGUCCUCGUCCAGCCGCGACACCGACGACGAGGGCGUGCGCGGCACCUGCGAAGAUGCUUCUGUGUGCAAGAGGUACGCAGUGAGCAUCGGCUACUGGCACGACCCCUACAUUGAGCACCUUGUGAGACCGUGCAAAGAGAGAAAGGCCCCCGAGAUUAACAGAGGAUAUUUUGCUCGAGUCCAGGGUGUCAGCCAGCUUACGAAAGCUUUCCUCCGGAAGACAGGAUGCCACUGUCAAAUUCUCAACCUUGGGGCUGGGAUGGAUACCACCUUCUGGAAGUUGAAGGAUGAAGAUCUUCUCCCAAGUAAAUAUUUUGAAGUUGACUUUCCAACGAUAGUCAAGAGAAAGCUGCACAACAUCAAAAGCAAGCCCGCCCUCGCCAAGCCCAUCGCAGAGUUGCACUCCGAGGACGCGCUUCGUAUCGACGGGCACAUGCUGGACUCCGCCAGAUAUGCCAUCAUUGGAGCAGAUCUCCGCGAGCUACCUGAACUGGAAGAGAAGCUAAAGAAAUGUAACAUGAGUACACAGUUGCCAACACUCCUGAUCGCUGAAUGCGUGCUGAUCUACAUGACUCCGGAGCAGUCGGCCAGCCUCCUCAAGUGGGCAGCCAGCAGUUUUGAGACCGCCAUGUUCAUAAACUAUGAACAGGUAAACAUGGAUGAUCGCUUUGGGCAGAUCAUGGUCGAGAACCUUUGGAGGCGACAGUGUCACCUGGCGGGAGUGGAGACCUGCAAGUCGCUGGAGUCUCAGAGAGAGCGGCUCCUGUUGAACGGGUGGGAAACAGCGUCAGCGGUGGACAUGAUGGAGUUGUACAGCAGGCUGCCCCGCGCCGAGGUGAACAGAAUAGAAUCCCUCGAAUUCCUGGAUGAGAUGGAGCUUCUGGAGCAGCUCAUGCGUCACUACUGCCUGUGCUGGGCGACCCGAGGGGGACAGGAACUCGGUCUCAAGGAGAUAACGUGCUGAUCCGUGGCGGCUCCUCCUGAGCUGGGAGCGGCGGGCUCUGGCCUGCCAGGGACACUGCAGGGCUUCUGGGGAGAUGGCCUGCCAUGCCCGCCGGCCUCUUCCCGCACUCAGAGACGCCUGUCGCAGAGGUGGCUGCACGUUCCUGUUCCUGUUGACUUGUGCUGUUUAAAUAAAUCUCUCUUGCCG